AUGUCUUUCUUGGAACUUCCCCUAGAGCUCCGUCUCAUCAUUUACGAGCAUGCAGCCGUCGAGGGAGCAGCCGUGACAAUUGGAGCUUGCGAGUUGACGGGCAAAGGCGCCGACGUCGUUGACCGAGUCUACGGCGACCAACGCGCUCCUCUACCAGGUCUCCCACCUAUGCACGAGCCCGCCAUUCUUGAUACAUACGCAUCACAUCUGCUAUCCGUCUCACAACCUGCCCGCAUCGACGUCUCAGCAUCACCAUGUUCCCAACCAUCAACCCACCACUCAACCUUGUCUUCACUCUUGCUGCUCAAUCACCAAAUCAAUGCUGAACUUAGCACUCACUUCCGACCAAAGAACACCAGAAACACAAGUCUCUUCAUCCAAUUUCCCCUAGGACUCCACGUCUUCAAGACAAAAUGCCCCCAUUUCGUACAACACGCUCGUAGCAUCCACAUGGCCGGCAGCUAUCCCAAGCCCACCUCUGUAAAACAAUCUCCACAACUCGACCAGCUAGCACACCUCGUAUCUGCCACUCUAGGCAAAGACCCACGCUAUCCUAUCGAGAAGCUCGAAGCCCGCAUCUACUUCCCGGGCGGCGAUUCCUAUCCUCGUGUCUGGGACGACUCUAGUCCCGCUUCCGUCAUCUUGCGCAACGUCUGCGAAGGUUUUAUCGACAUGGAGGUUGCAAGAGGAAGACACGGCACUGGCAUCUACGUCUCUGUACGACCUCACCCGGACAACAAGAGAGUCAUAUCCACUGUCUGGAGACGCCUGGUCGAAGGAGAUAGUGGCCAACCAACUUGUGGUGAUUGGGCUGUCGACAAGCAGUGGCCUCAGUGGAAUGCUGAGUUUGCUCCCUCGUCACCAUUACCCUGA